GGGGAACUGUGCGGCCCUGAGGCUGCGCGCCAGCUCUUCAGGCAGUUUCGCUACCAGGCGGUGUCUGGGCCCCAGGAGACCCUGAGGCAGCUUCGUGAGCUGUGCUUGCGGUGGCUGCAGCCGGAGGUCCACACCAAAGAGCAGAUCCUGGAGACUCUGAUGCUGGAGCAGUUCCUGACCAUCCUGCCCGGGGAGAUCCAGAUGUGGGUGCGGCGGCAGUGUCCAGGCAGCGGCGAGGAGGCCGUGACCCUCGUGGAGAGCUUGAAGGGAGACCCCCGGAGACUUUGGCAGUGGAUCAGCAUGCAAGUUCUGGGACAGGAGAGCGUAUCAGAGAAGAUGGCAUCUCUGAGCUGCCAGGUGGGGGAGGCAGAGACCCCUCCCGAAAGGAUACCUCAGGAGCUGGACCUUCAGCAGUCAGCCUCAGGCCCCGGAGAACAGCUGAGCCACGUGGUGAAAGAGGAAUCUGACAGCGAGCCAGCAUUAGUGAUGGCUGCUUCCCAGCUUCUUGUCCGGCCUGAGGAAAGGCCCGUGAGAGAUGAGGACGUUGGCGCCUCCUUCCUCCACGCAUCGUCUCAGGAGCAGUGGAGACACCUGGAUUCUACUCAGAAGGAACACUACUGGGACCUCAUGCUGGAGACCUAUGGGAAAAUGGUCUCAGGAGGUGCGGGCCUGCUUCACCCAGUGGAGGGCGGGCAGGACGUAGGUGGAUGUUCGGUUUCUUUACCUGAAAAACCCAAGAGGCCAUUCUGCUUGGGGACUACACCGGAGAAUGACAAAGAGAACCUAAACUUGGAAACUUAUAGGGACCAGGAACCUCCAGAUGCCCCUUGUCCCAUCUCAGAAGAGGUCCCUCCUCAGGCUUCCUUGAGUGGCUUCUUCAGUGAGGAUGAGCCAAGGCGCUUUGGAGAAGGAGAGCAUCUCCCUGAGGCGCAGGCAAGCCUCCAGGCUGAGGGAAGAGGGGAGCAGCUCUCUCCUCGGGAAAGGAAUUCUGGGAAACAGCUAGGCCUGCAUUUGCCUAAUCCUCACCCAGGAGACCUGUCCAUGUUGUGGCUUGAGGAAAAGGCAGAGGCCCCCCAGAAAGGCCAGCUGAGACCCGCCAUGGUCCAGAAACUCCCCACCUGUACGGAGUGUGGGAAAACCUUUUACAGGAAUUCUCAGCUUGUGUUUCACCAGAGAACUCACACCAGAGAGGCAUACUUUCAGUGCCCCACCUGCAAAAAAGCCUUUUUACAGAGUUCAGACUUUGUGAAGCAUCAGAGAAGCCACAUGGGAGAGAAGCUUUACAAAUGCGAUCACUGUGGGAAAGGCUUCAGCGACUUCUCUGGGCUGAGUCAUCACAAGAAAAUCCACACGGGAGAGAAGCCCUAUAAAUGUCCCGUCUGUGAGAAAAGCUUCAUCGACAGGUCAAACUUUAUCAGACAUCAGCGGGUCCACACAGGAGAGAAGCCGUACAAGUGUUCUCACUGUGGGAAAAGUUUCAGCUGGAGCUCAAGCCUUGAUAAACAUCAGAGAUCUCACUUGGGGAAGAAGCCCUUUCAAUAGCUGCCCUCUUGUAGUUCAUUUCUCUCCGACCAGUUAAAAACACUCUGCUUUUGGAAGCGUCUGUUGGAAUUCCUUUUUGUGCCUUGAUCUAUUUUCAUGUGCUGGGGAUGGGAGAACCAGCAGGUAGUUUUGCGCUUGGAGGGAAGAUUGGGCUCCUGGCAGCUUACUUUCCUGCCUCUGUGUCAUGAGAAAGAAUUGUUCUAAUCUCUCAGCUCAUCACUGCGGACUCCUUAUGGAGGAUGGGCAUUAUUUGGAGAUGCAGCUUUAAAAGUGUUCUUUGGCCAGAGUUUCGGAGAGCAUCUGUAAUUGGUGUUGAUGGGAAGAACUUCGUGUCAGCACUUCAGUGCUGGGUUUCUAUAGCAUGUCACCCGGUACCAAAGGUUCAGCAGACGGAGGACCAUAGAACUCAGGUGUUCUCUGACGUACUGGUGAAAAACUAACCGGAAGUACCCCCCACCCCACCUUGAAUAAACUUAGUAGAGUCACAUCUCA